CCGGGGCGCCCGCGUUCCCUGCGUCCCUCCUCCCCGCCCGGGCCCUGCGCCCCCGGCCGCUCCGGCCCCUUUUGCGGAGAGGGAGAGACUCCGCGCGUCGCCAUUUCUGGAUCAGGCUGCUGCUUUUCGUGCUUUUUCUGCGGGCGCUUCUGCGAGCGGCGGCGCCGGGGACCGACCCGCGUUGGGGUCGGGGUGUUGCGAGCGCUUCCCGGGGCUUCGGCUCCGCGCUCCACGGCUCUGGACGCGUUCGGUUGGAUUCGGGCCGGGGGGCGGGCCGGGGGGCUCGGCGGAGAUGAGAACCUCGGGACGCCUUCGUCUUCCAGAAAGGAGGCUCAGAUGAGCGAGCCCCUGCUGACUUGAGAGAGUAAGAGAGACCACGCUGAUUGCUGAGAGGAACUGGAAGCAGAAAAAAAUUCCCAAACUCAGUGAGAAGAACUCGCUCACCAUGAGUAGCAGUGCUGUGUUGGUGACUCGCCUGCCAGACCCCAGCAGCAGCUUCCGAGAGGAUGCCCCCCGGCCCCCGGUUCCGGGAGAAGAAGGGGAGACCCCACCUUGCCAGGCUGGGGUUGGAAAGGGCCAGGUCACAAAACCCAUGCCUGUCUCCUCCAACACCAGGCGGAAUGAGGAUGGGUUGGGGGAGCCUGAGGGACGGGCAUCUCCUGAUUCCCCUCUGACCAGGUGGACCAAGUCCUUGCACUCCUUGUUGGGCGAUCAAGAUGGUGCUUAUCUCUUCCGGACUUUCCUGGAGAGGGAGAAAUGCGUGGAUACUUUAGACUUCUGGUUUGCCUGCAACGGAUUCAGGCAGAUGAACCUGAAGGAUACCAAAACUUUGCGAGUCGCCAAAGCAAUCUACAAAAGGUACAUUGAGAACAACAGCAUUGUCUCCAAGCAACUGAAACCUGCCACCAAGACCUACAUAAGAGAUGGCAUCAAGAAGCAACAGAUUGAUUCCAUCAUGUUUGACCAGGCACAGACUGAGAUCCAGUCGGUGAUGGAGGAAAAUGCCUACCAGAUGUUUUUGACUUCUGAUAUAUACCUCGAAUAUGUGAGGAGUGGGGGAGAAAACACUGCUUACAUGACUAAUGGGGGACUAGGGAGCCUAAAGGUCGUGUGUGGCUAUCUCCCCACCUUGAAUGAAGAAGAGGAGUGGACUUGUGCUGACUUCAAGUGCAAACUUUCACCCACUGUGGUUGGCUUGUCCAGUAAAACUCUGAGGGCUACAGCGAAUGUGAGGUCGACGGAAACUGUUGAAAAUGGAUACAGGCCCUUCAAGAGGAGCGAUCCGGUUAAUCCAUACCACAUAGGUUCUGGCUACGUCUUUGCACCGGCCACCAGUGCCAACGAUAGUGAGAUAUCCAGUGACGCACUGACUGAUGACUCCAUGUCCAUGACGGACAGUAGCGUAGAUGGAAUCCCUCCUUACCGCGUGGGGAGUAAGAAACAGCUCCAGAGAGAAAUGCACCGCAGCGUGAAGGCCAAUGGCCAAGUGUCUCUACCUCAUUUCCCGAGAACCCACCGCCUGCCCAAGGAGAUGACCCCCGUGGACCCCGCCGCCUUCGCGGCAGAGCUGAUCUCCAGGCUGGAGAAGCUGCAGCUGGAGCUGGAGAGUCGACACAGCCUGGAGCAGCGGCUGCAGCAGAUCCGAGAGGAUGAAGAGAAGGAGGGCUCUGAGCUUGCGCUGGGCUCCCGGGACGGAGCGCCCACCCAGCACCCCCUGUGCCUCCUGCCCUCCAGCAGCUACGAGGAGGACCCGCAGACGAUUCUGGACGACCACCUGUCCAGGGUCCUUAAGACCCCUGGCUGCCAAUCCCCUGGUGUGGGCCGCUACAGCCCCCGCUCCCACUCCCCCGACCACCACCACCACCCCCAGCUGUACCACCCCCUCCUCCCGCCUGGGGGCAAGCUGCCCCCUGCUGCCACCUCGCCAGCCGGCUGCCCCCUCCUCGGGGCCAAGGGGUUCGUGACCAAGCAGACGACGAAGCAUGUACACCACCACUAUAUCCACCACCACGCUGUCCCCAAGACCAAGGAGGAGAUCGAGGCGGAGGCCGCACAGAGGGUGCGCUGCUUCUGCCCUGGGGGCCCCGAGUAUUACUGCUACUCCAAGUGUAAAAGUCACCCCAAGGCCCCGGAGCUCGGGCCGGCGGAGCAGUUCGGCGGCAGCAGAGGCGGCACCCUGCCCAAGCGCAAUGGCAGAGCCGCUGAGCCCAGCCUGGCCGCCAGGGACGGAGCGGGGGCGCUGCAGCUGCCGGGGGAGGAAGGAGACAGGUCGCAGGAUGUCUGGCAGUGGGUGCUGGAGACCGAACGGCCAAGCAAGCCCAAGCCCCAUAGUGCCCAAAGCACAAAAAAGGCCUACCCCAUGGAGUCUGCCCGUGUGUCCCCAGCUGAGCGAGCUGGCCGGCACCACCUGUGGGGGGGCAGCAGUGGGCACCCCCGAGCCGCCACCCGCACCCACCCGUUUACCCAAGACCCUGCGAUGCCUCCCCUGACCCCACCUAACACCCUGGCACAGCUGGAGGAGGCCUGUCGCAGGCUGGCGGAGGUGUCGAAACCCCCGAAGCAGCGGUGCUGCAUGGCCAGUCAGCAGAGGGACAGGAACCACUUGGCCACAGGACAGACAGGAGCCACACCCUUCUCCACCCCAAGCCUGGCUGCAGAAGAUCACAAAGAGCCAAAGAAACCAGCAGGGGUCCACACGCUCCAGGCCAGCGAGUUGGUCGUCACUUAUUUUUUCUGUGGAGAAGAAAUUCCAUACAGGAGGAUGCUGAAGGCUCAGAGCUUGACCCUGGGCCACUUUAAAGAGCAGCUCAGCAAAAAGGGAAAUUAUAGGUAUUACUUCAAAAAAGCAAGCGACGAGUUUGCCUGUGGAGCGGUGUUUGAGGAGAUCUGGGACGAUGAGACAGUGCUCCCCAUGUAUGAAGGCAGGAUUCUGGGGAAGGUGGAGAGGAUCGAUUGAGCCUCGCGGGCCUGGCUGUGGCCAGCGGUGGGGCCGGAGCCUGCACGAACGCUUGGGACGAGAGCGACCACCAUGCAACAUGUUGAAGGAAAAAAAAAAACCCAAUGAAGACAAAGUCUAGGGAAGAAUUGGCCACUGGGC